UCUAAAUUCAACCUGUAGCCAGGUAAUUAUGUGAAAAUUGCUGCUUGCUAAAAAGCACCAGUGUGGAUAAGACAGAAAGUAUCUGCAAAGAGGGAUGGAAAAUUUUCAGUUUCCAUAUGUGCAAACCUGGAUGAGACAUACUUCAGAAAGACAGGUGGCUACCAUAGCAGUCAAUGUAUUGAUUUGAGAGGCUGAAAACAAUACAAAGCCACCGUCUUAUAUGUAACAAAUUUUGCAGACCUUGUUUUAUUUUAAAUUUUACUUCUAAUGAUAAAAGAUUUUCUGAUAGAUAUGUUUCCGUUUUUAAUAUUUAAAAGUGGAAUGAAUGUGUUUGAGAAGUAUAGGAUUUAGGUAUUUAAAUAUGGGUUUACAUCUCUAUUUUGUCUGUGUCUAUCGUGCUUCUGGCUUCGCUCUCUGUAAAACAAGAUUAUGUGGUGAAUAGGAUAGGGGUAUGAGCCGUGGAGCUCUCUCCCAGUCCAUCCACGAGGAGGGCAUAACGCGUGUCGGUUCAGAUGCUGCAGCAGCAGCAGCAGCAGCAGCAUCCUCUCAAAAAGCAGCGCUUCCAGCUGAGCCAGUCAGUGAGUCUCAGCCCGUCCGUGCAGACAGGAUGCAGCUGUCCGAGCAGAACUGAGCCUGUACAGGUGAAAGAGAGUGAAGCUAAAAACUCUCUGAUCUCUUUGUUUCUUUAUAUAUUUUUCCUCCCAUUUCAUCGGAGUGGUCGGAGCAGAUGCAGCUUCACGGCGGCUUCAGAAGUUGGACAGCCCCAGAUUUGCAUGCCAUGACUCUUGAAUCUGGACAUUCCCAAGGCAGCGCAGCGCAGACGGCGUGGAUCAUUUUAAAAGCCAUUUCGUCUGUCCACAUCACGCGUGUCAGGAGGGUGAUCAACAUGUGGCGCUUUAAAUAAUGAAAUUACUAAUAAAAAAAGAAAUGAAGGAAUACUGAUCUCCGUCCGAAUAGCCCCCGGGUGAUACCUGUUAUUUACAGUAAUGGAAUGAAGACACUAUCCUGAGAUAUAAUGGAUGAGAGAUCCAGCAAGCUCAUCUUGGUUCCCAUCUUGGCAGUCCUUUUUGUCAUGAUAGGUUAUCAGUACAUUUGUCCAGCGGGCAGCAAUUCGUGCCACUUUAAGUCCGAGGAGAGACUCAGAGGGGUGAGCCUGCUUUCUUCCCCGUAUCAGGACGCCGAUGACUUCUACAGAGAUUCCGACCUGGACGAUGACGGUCCGCCGAAGCUGCCGUCCAAAUUUAACUUCACCGAGAGAGACCUGGACAGACACGUGGAGUUCAACAUCAAAGGGGACGACGUGAUCGUGUUCCUGCACAUCCAGAAGACCGGCGGGACCACUUUCGGCAGGCAUCUGGUGAGGAAUAUUCGUUUGGAGCAGCCGUGCGACUGCAAGCCCGGCCAGAAGAAGUGCACCUGCCACCGGCCGGGCAAAGAGGAGUCCUGGCUCUUCUCCCGGUUCUCCACGGGCUGGAGCUGCGGGCUGCACGCGGACUGGACCGAGCUGACGAACUGCGUCCCGGUCGUAAUGGAUAAGAAGGAGGCCCAGAGGAAUAAAAGGAACUUCUACUACAUCACCAUGCUGCGAGACCCAGUAUCCCGCUACCUGAGUGAGUGGAAACAUGUCCAGAGAGGAGCCACAUGGAAGACGGCUCUCCAUAUGUGCGAUGGACGCUCACCCACCCAGGACGAGCUGCCCACCUGCUACAGCGGUGACGACUGGUCCGGUGUCACCCUGAAAGAGUUCAUGAACUGUCAGUCAAACCUGGCCAACAACCGCCAAGUCCGCAUGCUGGCUGACCUGAGCCUGGUGGGCUGCUACAACAUGUCCUCAAUGAAUGAGAGCCAGCGCAACCACAUCCUUUUGAGCAGCGCCAUGAGCAACCUGAAGAACAUGGCUUUCUACGGUCUGACUGAGUUCCAGCGCAAGACGCAAUACCUGUUUGAGCGGACGUUCAGCCUGCGCUUCAUCUCCGCCUUCACGCAGAUCAACAGCACGCGGGCGGCCAACGUGGACCUGAGUGAGGCCGUGCGCAGGCGCAUCGAGGAGCUCAACUUCCUGGAUGUUCAGCUGUACGAGUAUGCAAAGGACCUGUUCCUCCAACGGUUCCAGUACACCCGGCAGAGGGAGCACCAAGAGGUGCGAUUGAAGAGGCGCGAGGAGAGACGCUGGUUGAGGGAGCAAAGGGACCAGGGCAGACCAUGGCCGUCCAAACACAAAGGAAGCGGGAAGGGAGAUGGAGACGUAUUUGAGAAGGAAACUGAAAACGACCUGCCCACCACCACUGAGGACUAUACAAGCCAAGUGGCACGUUGGUGAGGCUUUGUCUAACAGAGAGCUGCAACAAACUCUCUUGUACAUCUUGAGAGUCUCUUUGUUCUUCACCAUUGUUCUGUCUUAUGCAUUUAUCUGUUUUGUUUGGUAUGGGAGCUUUGUUUCUUUUAGAAAGAAAAUGCAUUCUUUCUGUCUCUGAGAGCCUUUAGUGUCUUAAAUUUAUUAAAGCUGUUCAUAAAUUGUCUCAUUUAACUACUGCCUUAGUUUUACUUUGCAAAAUGAUAGAGUGAACAAAAAGAAAAUCCUGACUGCAUUGAUUUUAAUAUCCACAAAAAGGUUAUGAAUAUGUUGGAAGUUAUUAUUGGUGUUCAAACUGUUUUCGCUCCAGUGACUUUAUAUUUUUGAGUAAGAGUUCCAGACAUCAUAAAUAGAUGGAGAUGCCUUGAGCAUGAGUUUUUAAUGCGUUACAAACACAAAGUGGAAUAUGUGAAUUUAUCAGAGAGCAGCAGAGCAUUUCUUGAAUCUGAUCUUCACUGCCCAGAUUUGUCCAAACAACUGGUGAGUCGACCAACAAUUGAAAUUUAACAAUAAGCUGGUAGAUAGAAAUGGGGGAGGGAAAUUGCAGCUCAAGUUGGGUCUGUGUGUGGCUUUCUCUUGUGCACUUUAUUUUAUGUUGCCCAUAAAAAAAAUUAACAGUAUUUGUUAUAAUUUAGAACACUCAAGGAAAUUGGACUAUUUUCAACAAUACAAAUGACAGAAAUCAGAGAUGUCCCAAUCAGGGCAUUUUCAAUUGACAGGUAUCAGAGCUUGUGACUCAACUCAACUAGUAAAUACUGCCUAUGAUUUUAUCAGCCCUAAGCGAGCCUCCAGCAGCAAUUUUCAGAAGUUUCUUUUUAAAUUUAUUCUCUCCUUUUUAUGUGCAUGGCUUGCAAGUUUUAAUGCUAUACACAUUGUUUUCUUCUAAACAAAUUUGAGUUUUCCCUACUAAUGUAGGUCGGUUUUGCCCCCCACAAUGACUUUCAGAGUGAAUGACAGAAUAUACGGGCCACUGCAGCUUCCUGUUUCUCUGGUCCUGACCUACAUGUAUGCUCAGCUGUCGGGGCAGAAAAAAACAAAACCUUGGAGAACUAUUCUUUUAAUUUCAUGACCCUCAAAGAAAAAUGACAGUUAAUGAAAAAAUAUAACUUUUUCAGUCCUGUUGUCCUUUUUUUGCCUCAUGAUUAAUACGUAGAAUCUGCAUUGAAAUUUUAUGAGUCAUAUCAAAGCAGGGUAAACAUGCUAGCAUAAGCCUAGAUCUGCAGCAAACUGCUGCACACGCACAUUUAAAGGAGGAAGAUUGCGAUUAGUGAGCUAGUUAAGUGGGAUACAAUCACAUUGCUAAUGGAAUACCAAUGAUAUGUAGUGCUGCUUGUUGGUCAUUCAAUCCUUUGCUAUUUUGCAACGGUGUAGCUUUGGUUAUGUUUUUCUGGAUACAAAACAUAUUGAACCAACACUUUGAUAGGGGACCAUAAAGUAAAAGCUACCGAGUUUUUGAGAAAAUUCAUGGCUUUCACAAGCAGCAGUCUAGACUAGGUGCCCACUGAUCAGAUAUGAGCAAAUGCCUAUUCUUAUAUGACUUCUCAUUUUGGCAGCAAAUAAAAAUCUUGAUUAGGACAUUGAUAACAGAAAUCCUAUUUUAUCUGAAAGUCUUAAAGGCUGUGCAUGGUCAGGUUGACGUGCUGAAUUCUGUUCUCAAUGCAGCGUCAUUUUGUCCUCAGCCUCAUGUCGUCCAUUACUUGUCACAACCGCCCUGACAAAUCUUUCACCCCCUAACUAUUGUGGGAUUGGUCAGAAUGUUAUGGUUGUGUUUGUUUAUGCAGAAAACAGUUCCAAAUACUCACCAUCCUAAAGCAGGUUUUUCAGUCAGAGAGCAGAAUGGAUAGUUGAGAGAAGCAAUUGUCAGAGACCGUGAGAAAGUACGUACCAAAACAUAUUCCAGGCGGAGUUUAGUGACCAAGACACUAAACUCCCCCUGCUCAGUUUUCUGGUCCAUCACAGCCGCGAACAUCCCAGCGAUGCCUUCUGUUCUUCUUUAGCUUUUGACAAUAUGGACAAUAAAAUGAAAUGUUUUAACUCAUCAAUGAUUAUUUCCUCCGCUUCUGUUUACUUUACUGUUUUUAACCAGACAUACGACAAAACACCAGGACGUGUAGCUGAUGCAGCGGGAGGGGUAUCACAGGAGCUCAUUUCAGUGUAUCUUGUGGAUCUUGAAUGGUCUCUGCGAAAACGGAUGUCCCACCUUCACAGAUGUCAACCACGUGACCGGACUUCGACUGUUUGACCAUACUGGGCCCUUUAAUUAAAUAACAGAUGGUUGCGUGUCACAGAAACACAGUAUAUUUAGAACUGCAGAGAGUUUCAGAAUAUAAAUUUUGCACUUUAAUAAGCUCUGGCUGAUUUAAUAAAAAUCUCUUCUGAGUCACUGAAGUCAACAUGUCUUUCUUGAAUAAUUUUCUGACCACCAGUAUUUUGGUACUGGAUCUUUUUGAAUUUGGAAAUCCUAAUUCCAAAAUGGACAUCUUUCUGAUAUUUCUUUCUUAUACUUUUUUGAUGUGACUUUAGUGAGAGUCACAUCAUAAAAGGCAUAAAAAGGCUCUUUCAGGGAUCUGAUCCAAGUUCUGUCACUCAAAAUAUUGCCCAUUUUCAUCUACUUGCAGAAAAGGCAAACUAAACAAUUCAGACAAAAGAUGUACUGUUUUGAGUCUAAUGUUUUUUUAAAGACAAUAUUGUUUGCAUGUACCAAAUUAUUCAAAAAUGUGUAUGCCAAUUUUUUUGCUGUUAUUUUCAAACAGUUUUCUAAUGCACAAUGUGUGGUAUGUUACUAACAGAAUAACUUCUGUCUGGUCCAUGCAUGUUUUUGUAAUUUGAUGUUCACUAUGAAUGCAGGAAUGAUUCUUAUUGAAUCAUUCAGGUUCAUAAACAAAACAAAACAAACAAAAAAACAGCCCUACCAGUAAAGAUGGUAGGGGUGUUUUACUCACAAUUUAGUAAAACUGACAUUUUUUUAAAGCACUUAUCAUCAUCCCAACUUAUCAACAUUUUAGAUUAGCAUUUUUCUUCUGGUCCAUCUGUUUAUUUUGUGGUUAAUAAGAAAUUGGACUACUUUUGAGGGAUACAGAAGAAACCUCCAAUAGCCACAGUGUACAUUCAUUGAUGGCCAGAAGAAUGGAGCAAAAAAUCUGCCUAUUAUUUAUUUAAAUUUUUUUUUUGGCAUAUUUGUUUUUAACAUCUACACAUAUAAGAAAAAUUAA